AGAGGAGCGGACCACCGGAUGUGGGGGCAAAAAGAGGAAGCUCGGCGCCCGACGACGCCGCCUCCGGAGAAACCCGGCGAGACGGUGGCCGGCGGCGAGGGGACUUUGGCGGAAGAAGAAAGAAGUGGGCGAGGAGCUGGCAAGAAGGGAAGGGGCGGAAGCGGACAGGAGGAGCCGGCAAAACAGCAGCCCGUUUGAUCCGUGUCCUAUCUCUCUGUUUGUCCCCAUCAUUUUUGGAGGAGAUUGUUACUUAGACCUACUCCGUAGUAUAUACUGCUGUGCAUAAAGAAAGAUGGACCUUAUAAUUCUAGCCAGAGCCAACAAGAGGCAGUAUCAUCAUGUACUAGUUCUAGGUUUACUACCAGUACGAUAUUUUGCCUACUAGAUCUUUUAGCAUGUAUAGUACUCGAAUUAGAGAUGGCCCAAGCCCGACAGCAGAGCAGAGAAGUGGUGCCACAAAAAAAAGGACAACCCAUUCCUACGCAGGAGCUGAAAAACACCUCCUCAUCAUAUCCACAUGCAGACCCGGAGGCCCUGCCCACCUCACAAGUCACAAUGCCACCCCAGCCGUGCUCCCAAAUAUCCACCCGACCACCCAAUGGCACGCGACUCGGGCAGACAAAUCCUAUCCUCCUCCACCUAGUCACCACAGUCUCUCCGCGCGCCGCGUGAGCCGCCAACGAUGGCCCUGGAGACGUGCUUCAGAGCGUGGGCGCUGCACGCCGCCCCCGCCGGCGGCAAGGACAGGCUCGCCGUCGGCAGCAGCUUCGCGCCGUCCAAGCGGGCCGCCGCCGCGCCGCUGUCCGUCGGCCGCGUCGCCACGCGGCGGCCGCGGCACGUCUGCCAGUCCAAGAACGCCGUCGACGAAGUGCUGGUGGCGGACGAGAAGAACUGGGACGGGAUGGUGAUGGCGUGCGAGACGCCGGUGCUGGUGGAGUUCUGGGCGCCGUGGUGCGGGCCGUGCCGGAUGAUCGCGCCGGUGAUCGACGAGCUGGCCAAGGACUACGCCGGCCAGAUCAAGUGCUGCAAGGUGAACACGGACGACUGCCCCAACGUGGCCUCCACCUACGGCAUCCGCAGCAUCCCCACCGUGCUCAUCUUCAAGGGCGGCGAGAAGAAGGAGAGCGUCAUCGGCGCCGUGCCCAAGACCACGCUCACCACCAUCGUCGACAAGUACAUCGGCAGCUCGGGAGCCAGACAACUAUAAAUACAUACGUGUCCGUGCUCGCGCGUACACACCAUGUAUGUGUAUCUCUUGUUUCGUAGCAAGGAUGAUGAUGCGAUAACUCAGGCAGCCGUCUGCUCCUGCUCCGUUAUACUAUGUCCAAUCCAACUCCAUUAAUUAGUUUCGAUCGGUGCAUGAUUUUCACAGUGAAUAUUAUAAAUCAAGUCAUGCAUGUCAUCAUUGUGUAUAUUAUUAUUA